GUGAAGUCAGACUAACAGUCUGUAGCUGUCUGAUAAAUGGCGUUGUUCAUCCCUGAUAUGGCUGGCCAUCUGUUUUUGGUCAUCCUCCUUUUCGUCACCUUCCAAUACAUCGAAGCCCAAGGUCAUUACCAAGGUCAUUAUCCAAAACCAGACAUUACAAUCAAUUUUGAUGAGGACCUCACCAUCGUCUGUUUGAUUCCUGGAUCCAUCAGUCCUGACAUCACCUGUAACCUGUAUGUUGGAGAGGAGAGUCAGCCAUCCUUCACAGCAAAGAUCAAGAGGAGAAAAGCCCCCUCAGCAUCCGGACAGCAGUUCUGUCAAUUCACUCCAAAACAUAGUGAUCUGAUCAGUGGUCUACAGUCAGUGAGGAGUAAGGAGGUGAGCUGUGACUACAGAGUGAGCUCAGGACCAAACUCUCUCUCACCACGCAGUGAUGGGUACAGCUUGGCACAUCUGGUGGGAGUUCACAUUAGGGAUCCAACAACUAAACCCUUUCCAACAGGUUUGACCUCUCCCAGUACAGCACUGAAUCCAUCACCAGGUUUGACUGUUAGUUCUACUUUGACCACAAGUAAAGGUCAAAGCUCCACAGACAUUGUUUUGAAUUCAAACAGUCCAGAAAGUGUUCCAGAUUUGACUGUUACUUCUACUUUGACCCCUGGCAUCACAGUGAGACCAACUACAAGUUUGCCCUCUCCUUUGACCCCCAGCACAUCAGGAGGUCAAAGCUCCACAGAAAGCAUUCUGGCAGGUUUGACUGUUACUUAUACUUUGACCCCUGGCAUCACAGUGAGACCAACUACGGUGCAAUUAUGGCAGGCAGCAGUGGGUGUGGCUUCUGGAGUGGCUGUGUUCCUGAUGGGAUUGACAGCUGUCUAUCUCUGCAGGAGGACCAAGAAACAUUGUCAGAGACCUACAGCCAGACAGGAUGAUCACAGCCAAUGUGAUUUGGUGAUGGGAGCUAUGAGCAGUGCAGGCAUGUUGGAUUCAAGGGAUGCUGGGUUCUAUUCUCUCAUCACCUCUGUACCGUCCACGUGUUUGCCCUCAGGCCCUGUUGAAGAGAAUGGACAGUCAUCUGAAAAAGACCAUUCUGAUGCGUCCCACGUAUACAGCUCAAUCCUCGACAGACCAGCAACCUCAGUCCAGCCAGAUGGGUUGUACAGUCUUCUGCAGACACACUGAAACUACACUACUGGCUCUCUGUAUGUCUCACAGAAAUACUCUUUCUUUCAGGAUGUCCUUUAUUUAUCAUACAUUAUGCUACCCUAAAUAAGUAUCUAAUACAUCUACUGCAGUACCAUUUCUAGGCAUAAGCGACAUAAGCGGCUGCUAUCCCUUGGCAAAAUGUGUAGAAUUACAGGAAAUUAGCUUUAAAACUGAAUUUCUUUCUUCAACCCCAUGGCACAAUGAGUAGAAUUGUAGGACAUUAGCUUUAAAGCUGCACAUGUUUCUCUCCCCCGCCAUGAGGGGGGCCACUAAAAUGUUUUCCCGCGAGGUGGGCAAAUCUAGCUUAGGGUCCCCAAAAUGCUAGAAUGGGCCCUGAUCUGCUGUAGCACACAUGGACACCUGGUUUCUGUUACAUGCCUAUCCAUAAUAGUGGCUACUGUGUUAGUUUUUUUAUUUGGGGGUGUUGGGUGGGUUCGGGUUUUACUCCCCUUUAAAAAAUAUAGUAUUCCCCGCCAGUAAAUGCUAAAUGUAUACUGUAUUUAAGUAUAUUCUGUUAUCUGUGUGAUACCUCCUUCCAUAACGGUUGGAAACAAUUUAUGAAGUAAAAUCUAAAUCUAAAUAUAAUAUUUCGGUUUUAAAAGUGUUUACAUUGUUGGCAACAUCAGAUCAUCAGAACUUAAAAAUGUAGAUUUUCUAAAUGCUUUUCAGAUCCUACAUCUGUACAUUCUGUUUCGAUACACACUUGAACCCAGUGGUCAGGAUGGUGGAUCAGGCAAUGGGGGAGGGCUGUUGAAAAAAGGGGUGGCUCCCCCUUACCUCCUAUAUAACUCCCUCUUCUAUAAGACCCUUGAGGUACAGCAAAUAAAAAAUCCUAUGUUUUUUUUGCUCUGUUUGAAAUGUUCUCUACAAACAAAAAAAGUAAGCAGAAUAAAUUGACUUCAACCAUU